CUGAACACAUCCACACUAUUUUUCACCAAAAGACGAACACACCUGCCAAAUCGCCAUAACGUUUUCGUACUCUCUACCUCUUCCUUCGUAAAUUCACUCAAUUUUCUUCCCACCCAUUUACCCACCACACUCCAUUCUACACACUUCUCCCUCCACACAUUUCAACAUUUCCUAUAAACCACAGCCACACACAACUAAAUUUCAACUGUCAAAACCCAAAGAAAACCAUAAAAAGGAAUCAAGAAAUCCCCCACAGUAAGUUGCUUAUUAGUUCAGAGCAGAGCAUGAAGCCGUGAUAGAUUUAUUUUUUCCAUUGAAAUACGAAAAAGAAGAAAAUGGUGUAUCAAUUUCGCCCAUCGCAACAAUUUAUUAAAUAAUCAACUUUUCUAAAAGUCCACAAUUCAUCAAUAUCGAAUUUAGCAAACUUCGUCGGGAGCCCAUAAAAAAAGAGUAUUGAUUUUGGAAACUACAAGAAAAAAAGAGGAGGUAAACCCACGACCGUGCUUUUGAUUUUGGGACAACGACGACGCUCGAUUCAAUAGCGAUAGUAGAGAAUUAAAAAAAUGUCUCAUCUGCCAUUGGACGCCCGAGCAAUUUUGGAAUAUUUAAAUGAAUUGGGUUAUCGCAAUAUUACCGCUGCACAACUAAAGGAAUUCAUGAAAGUUAGCUUGCUUAUAGUAUGCAACCACACUCGGAAGUUCCAACCACAACUAAAAAAGCAUCAGCUACAGCAACAAAUUCUGUCUCUCCAAAGACCACAACAACAGCAACAACAAGUAAAGAUAACAAAAUAAACAAUCAAUCGCCAAGCUUGUGCAAGCUAGUCAAAGGCCGACGACCUUUAGUAAAUUUCAAUUUCUAUCUUGAUAUCAAAGAUCAUCAGAUAUCGAAAAAGGUCGAGGAACGAAUCAUCGAACUAGGUGGCAAUUUAGAAUUCUUUCUUACAAAAAGUGUUACACAUUUUAUAACAGAUCGAUCCCUACCAGCUGCACCUUCGGGUAGUCAAACAGCCACAGGGCACGGCCAAGGCCAAAGCAAUAGCAAUAGCAGUCAUAAUAAUAACGGACAUUGUUUAAAUAGUCCUUCAACUGGAGUCGGAGUAAACGGUGGCGGAGUGGGAGGCGGCGGUGGAGGUGGCGUAUAUCCCAUAACUCCAUCACCAUACUUACAAUCCCCACAAACCCCGACCACACCAAAAACUCCAUACACAAAUCAAACAUAUUCUGGUGACUCAGCAACAGAUGGCGUAGGCAGUAGUCAUUCAAGAAUCAAAGGGGCAUCCACAACAAACAACACCCCAAAUAAUAAGAAAAAAAUCUCCCGUGCAGAUGCAAUGCUCCAUAGAGCGCUACAAAGCCAACAACAAAGUCAACACUAUCCAGCAAAUCAGCAACCAGAAGAACAGAAGCGACCAAAUCUAGAACACGGUGCCUAUAGGAUUUGGAGCCUAGAAUACGCUAUAAGAUUUUUGAAGAAGGUCACAGCCGACGUCAAGCAAUACGCCAAGAAAGCUCAGCAACCUACCAAAGGGGCGUGCGAACCGAUCCAACUUAAGGGACAUUUCAUAAAAAUCGAAGCCAUAAGCGGUUCCCAUCGACCGUACUAUUCGGUGUUUCGCAAUAUCGAGUGGCCGAAAAUUCAACUGGGAGGAGAGGCCGGAGCGUUUCGCCUCACACCAAAAAGGGAAUCAUCGAAAUCUGCCAAAGAUAAGCCAUCAAAAACGAAUGCCAUGACGCGCAAAAGUCGUUCGUCGUCCAAACACAACCCAAAUCACAUGCGUCUGAAGGCCAAACAGGCUCCCAAACAAGCCACCGAGAAGCCUGCUGCCGUGGUGGAUAAUUCAUCGGAGAAGCAAUGUGGAGUUUGUGAGAUCUGCAAAAUAGAAUAUGACACUCUGACGAUACACUUGAAGACCAAGGACCACGAGUUUUUCGCCCGCAAUCAAAACAAUUAUCUGGCUUUGGAUUCGCUCAUAAAGUCCAGUGCCAGUGUGGAUAAGUUUCUGGAAGACACCUCAAAAGACGAAGCCAAAGAGGAGUCAGUGGAACCGAUGGAAAUCGAAGAGGAGUCGACCAGGCCAACGAGAAAGUCAUCGCGUAAGCAAAGUCCUCCGCCUCCAGUGCAGGUGUCGCAACCUGCACCGCCGGCGUCAGCAUUGAAAAUCAAAACAAAACUCAAGGAGGUCGAGGUUGUGACGGAGAAGAAACAUUCUCACAACAAUGCGAAAAAGUCCGCCGCCAAGUUAAACGUGCCUCUGGACUCACCUCCAAUACGCCAUCCUCUGCCCACGUCGACAAUUUACAAAGUUGUUGCCGAUAGCAAAGCACAAACGGAUCCUGUUUCGCCGAAGAAAUCCUCUAUAAUAGUGAAGUUCCGUAAGAUUCGUCAGACGGAGUUGUCCCUUCUCAAUGGGGAAGCGGAGAACUUCAUGUUUCCACGCCGACCGACUUCGAGCGAUCGUGCAACCGACUCUGACCGCCAAACCAGCACCGAUAGCAAUCGUAUCUCGAGCAGCAGCAUAUCUAGCGAGUCGCAUCUGACCGAAGAACCGCAGGUGCCAGACAGACCGGACUCGGCCGCUGCCAAACGCAGACGAACAGCAGACAAUAGUCACAAAGCCAACGCGACAGCCACAGCCACAGCGACAGCGACUUCUGUCUGCUACCAGAGCUUUCCAAACACCCCCAUCCAGCCGAACAAAACAUCACAAGCCACAUCUAGGGACACUCCUGACAACAACAGAACCGGCAGCGUCACAACCAAACCACUCGCGGCGACAACACAGCGAAAGAGACGCUGUGUAGGAAGCGGACGCAAGCGACGCGCCACAAGCAGGAAUUCCCGAAAUCGAAGGCAUCAACGAUGGGACUCGGAGGAUAGGAUGGGGGAAGAGGGAAAUAGCGAAUACGAUGAUGACGAAGAACUACGCAAGAUUCUGGACUCUAAUUCAAUCGAGAGCGACGACAGUCCAAGAAAGUCACCGAAGGUGAAAAACGUGCAUAAGAGUCCGGCGGCUUUUGACCUAACCAAGGGUCGACUCAAAGAACAAACCUACGCCUUCGAACGCCUGCCAGUGAAAGAGCUCUGGUUCGAGGUGUUUCGCCGGCAAGAUGCCUGCCAAGAGAGGAUGUUCGAAUACUGGGGCAGCACGUCCUAUCGAAAACUGCCCUACGAAAUCGGCGCGAUACCGGUACGCCAAUUGCCCAACUGUAAAAUAUGCACUCCGCACCAAAUGGUGGAGGUUAAACAAGAGCCAGUCACGAAGCCAACCACAAAGCGAAUGGGGAAAUUGAAAAAAGUGAAAAAAGAGAGACAAAGUAAAAGUAAAAGCAACACUCCGGAGCCCGCGGCGGCGCCGUCUACCUUGAAGGCUUCCAAAAACAGCAGCAAAGCACCGCCUCACAACAAGCACCUAAACAAAGCAACAUUCCUAAGCUGUGAUCUUAUGCCGAGAAAAUCACCGCGAGAGCACGCGUCUACUCUGGCCAUUCUCAGUUGUUUGAUAAAACAACGGAAAGACUCUGAGAUCGACGAGAAGCCACCUGCAUCGCCUGCAUUGCCGCCGAAAGAAAAGACUCCGGAAAAGAGAAAAACACCUUCGCCAGUGGCGUUCACUCCUCGCAAUGAAACCCCCGAGCCGCUGCAGUUCGUUUCGGAGAUCAGUGAGAAUGUGAAGCGGCUGCGCCGAGGGCAGAGAAAAUUCGACGAUUUCAUACCCACAACAACACCCUUAUCGCCAAAAAGUAAUAAAAAGAAGCCCGGAAAACCAAAGGCUGGUGGCCUGGAGUUUGAGGUCGACGAAAAGCGUCUGAAGAGUCUCGAUGUGAAGCAAAAGAGCGCGCUGGAACUCGAGCAAGAGAUCGAUGCGUACUUGGGACGCAUUUCAAUGAAAUCCCUGCGACUGACGCCAACUCUACCCGUACAGGAGUCCUCCUCGUCGUCGGGCUUCGUCGAUGAUUUCACCAGCGAUGUCGAUCUGAUAGACCUUAUCGAUUGCUAUGAUGGUGGAGGAAGAGGAGGAGGCGAAGGAGGAAAUGAUAACUCAAAUGACUUAUACAGACCUGCCAUCAAUACUGUGUAUAAUUUGUUUUCGGCGCACACGCGAAGACGAAAAACCAACAAAGCCAAUAAGACGGGUUGGCCAACGACGAGGCGGAGAAACGCUGCCAACACGCGGCAGAACCACCUCUUACAAAAAUCAGAACGUUUUCGUUUCUUCAGUGACUAUCAGACCCGCCAGAGAAAUAUCCGAGACCCAGAGGGCCACCUCCUGGGGCCGCCGACGACGGCAACUUCAAUGACACCACCCGAUACCGAUUUGGAUGACAAGGACGAUUGCACAAGAAGUUCCGUGCCCGAUGGCGACGAAAUGGAGGAGGAGGUCUCUGUUAUGUGCAAAGAGGACAUCCUCAACAAUAGUUGCAUGAGUCCGAGCGAGAAGGCCGACAAUUCGGACAUUUUCACGGUUUCCUCCGACGGACUGGAUACGGACUUAGACGUAAGCUGUAAUCAAAUAAUCAAAACCGAAGAAAUUGACGUCGAUGAUGAGUGCACGACAUCUUCGACUUUAGCCGCUCCACCACCUCCACCACCACCAACCGUCGUCGAAGCACCCACUCCCGCCCCCGGUCCAAUAGAAAAAGUGGUGAAAGUCAAGACGUCACCCUCGGGGAAGAACCAUCUAACCCUGGCUAUGAGGAGCAUAAUAAAGAGGGAAGUCAAAGUCACCUGCAAACGUCUGCGAACUCCGUUCCGAAGGUUUCGUCAGAAAAGGUAGUUGAUAAAUUAUUGUGAGGACGAUAUUGAUGACGACGACAUGUUCGAGUAAAAUUUUCAAAACAAAACUUCAAAUAGUAUCUGUAAUGUAUAAUCCGCCUGCAAACAAAAUAAAAUUAUGGAACGUAAAUAGAAAUUAAAUAUUAAAAAAUAAAAGAAAGAAGAAGAAAAAA